AGAUGGAAAACUUUGCUCAACUCUAUUCCAAAGAGAGAUUGCACUCAUUUAUUACAAAAUACUAGGAUUUGAUCUAAGUGGAUCCCCACAAAGAAAUACAUUGCGGAAUUAUUCACUUGGAUGAAUUACAUAUAGCAGGUAUAUGCAAAUUGUAUAAUCGCAGCCUAACUUCUACAUCAAGGCGAAUUGGUAGCAUUUCCAACUGAAACCGUGUAUGGCUUGGGUGCGAAUGCUAAAAAUGCCUAGGCUAUAUUGAACAUCUUCAAAGCCAAAAAAAGACCCUUAAGUGAUCCACUUAUUGUACAUGUGCAUGAUAAGAACAACAUCUACACAGAUAAGCCAGAUUUUUUGGAUUCUUUUGCGGAACUAUUCUGGCCAGGACCCUUCACAAUAGUUUUGAAGUAACAGUUUAAUGUUAUUCAGAUCAACUUAAUUGGAGACAACUGAAAUUUUAUCAGCAGGCACUGGAUCCAUCGGAAUAAGGUUUAGAUUUGAUGAUAUUCAUGUAGAAUUCCAAAUCAUAAAGUGGCCUUGGAAUUGCUAGAGAAAGCAAAUCUUCCUGUUGCUGCCCCUUCUGCAAACCUAUUUACUCACAUAUCACCUACAAGUGCUGCUCAUGUCUUCAAUGAUUUCUAUGAUUAAAGAGUCCACAUCAUUGAUGCAGGUCGAAGUGACAAUGGUAUUGAAAGUACAGUGAUUAAGCCAUUGGGAAAUGAGUUGCAUAUAUUGAGAUUAGGCAGUUUGGCUAAGGAAACAAUAAUGAAGAAGAUCGGUUAGAGUGAUUAAUUGAAGCACUUUGCAAUUAAAUAUGAAAACAAGUACAUGCAGAUAGAAGAAAGCGAAGAGGACAUUGAGAAGGAAUUGGUUGAAUUAAAUGUUUUGGAACGUAAGAGUUCAAUGGAAGCACCUGGUUAAUUUUUGAAGCAUUAUUCUGCCAGGAUCAAUUCGUUCAUUGUUAGUUUCUAAUAGAACUCCAUUGGACAAUAGAUUGAUUUGGAUUUAAAAGAAUCAGUGAUCAUUGAUUUUGGCUCAGAGUUGAGAAAUAGAAUUGCUAAUCUCGAUGGUAUGUCUUGAUUGUAAUCAUUGUAGAAACCAAGUAUAAGAGUUUAUCAGAGAAUUAUGAUGCCAAGGAGGCCAUGUUCAAUUUAUAUGAUUCAUUGAGAUGGGCUGAAUUGCAACAAGGAGCCAAAUAGAUUUUGUUGUAUGAUUUUGAUACUCAAAUUAAUCACAAGGUCUAAAACGAUGAAAAUGUCCUUUCAAUCUAGGAUAAAAUAUAUCGCUCGGCUUCAGGAUAAAAGAUAUACUAUAAAAAUAAUAAAUUUUAUUUGUGCUAGUGAUUUAUU